AUGCAGCAGCGUGGCGCAGUGGAAGCGUGCUGGGCCCAUAACCCAGAGGUGCACCGCCGUCGACGCGAGGUGAUUGCGGGCCCGAUUUAUGACUGGAAUUCGUACGAGAUCCCGUUUCAGAUAUGGGGCGGCGAUUGCCUCGCUGAGGCUCAUUCGGCUCGGCGAGCAACGUUUCGAGCAAUGCUGACGCUUUGCGCCUUUAACACCUUCAUGGAUCUCAUGAUGUUGUGGGUGCUCGUGCGGAUGACCAAAUCCGACGAUUUCUCACAUCCGGUCGCCAAUCUCAUCCUUCUUGCCGCCGGACCAUACUUCCUUCGGUUGGCCCCCAGACUCAUCGAGUUCGUGAUUCCGGCCUACUCGCCAGGCUAUCAUCAGCUUUUCAAUGAUGAUAUGUUUAUAGACAAAAAUUUCGAGCGUGAGCGCGGCUAUGAGUCGAUUAUGAGCGCCACCGUGGUGCUCACAAUUCUGAUCGGAGCUGCUUUGACUCUUCAGGGCAUCGCGUGCUCAUUCCGCAAUAAUGAGCCGCUUUCGAGAUGCGGAAUACGACGACGCGCCCUUGUGCCGCUCAUCCUGUGCCUCAUCUUCUCGAUCUCCUACUACAACCACGUCGUCCACGGACAUCGUCACGUCAAGAAUCUGCCGAUGAUCGUUGUUUUCGGAAUCGCCAUCUUGCACCUGCUCAUCUCAUUGGUGGCCGCCUUCAAACUCAUGCAGUCCAAUGAAGCGCUCACCGAACACCAGCAAUAUUGCAUGACAAUGUUCAAAUCGAUGCGCUUCUUCGUCCUCAUCAUCCUCAUCCCGCUCAUUUUUAUAUCACAUGCUUCCAUGGUCGGCUCGCUGCAUCUACUGGUUCAGCGAUUUCGAGGAUUUCGAUUCAUCUACAUCUUCGCGAUCAUCCUCAACGAGCCAUACGCCGGAAGAAUCAAGGCCAAUCGCCUCAAAAGCCCGGUGAAAGCGGAAGAGAAGAAAGAGCCAAUGGACAAAGUGACGUACACCUACAAUCCGGAAAUGACGCAGUCACCGCCACCACAAUACACCGAGAAGGCGAGCGGCGGACCGCCAUCGUAUGAAGUGGCGCGACUCGAAAUGGCAAGCCCAUGGUCAUCCCAUGAAGUCGGAAUCAACGACAUUUCCGUCACCCAUGGAAUCACGCCAAUUCAGAAGAAUUAA